AGAGCGAACAUCCUCAAGGAAGUACAGAUCAUGCGACAACUCGACCACCCCAAUAUCGUCAAACUGAUCGAUUUCUCCGAAUCCCGGCAAUAUUACUACAUCGUUCUCGAGCUAUGUCCCGGCGGUGAACUGUUCCAUCAAAUCGUUCGUCUGACGUACUUCUCCGAAGAUCUAUCACGACACACCAUCAUCCAGGUCGCCAAAGCAUUGCAAUACCUGCAUGAGGAAGCAGGUGUUGUUCACAGAGAUAUCAAACCCGAGAACUUGCUGUUCUACCCCACACCCUUCAUCCCCACACGUAACCCCAAGCCCCGAGGCCCGGAUGACGAGGACAAGGCCGACGAAGGCGGGUUCGUCAAGGGCAAGGGCGCUGGAGGUAUUGGUGUCAUCAAGGUUGCUGACUUUGGGUUAAGUAAGGUCAUUUGGGACAGCCAGACCAUGACACCGUGCGGUACCGUCGGCUACACUGCUCCUGAGAUCGUCAAGGACGAACGUUACUCCAAGAGUGUCGAUAUGUGGGCAUUGGGUUGCGUGCUCUACACCCUUCUUUGCGGCUUCCCUCCAUUCUACGACGAGUCUAUCCAGACUCUGACAGAAAAGGUCGCUCGCGGUCAAUAUACCUUCCUGUCGCCGUGGUGGGACGAUAUUUCCAAGUCUGCGCAAGACUUGGUGUCUCACCUGCUGACAGUAGACCCUGAGAAGCGAUACGACAUCAACCAGUUCCUCAACCACCCUUGGAUCCGCGAGGCAGACGAGCCGACGUACUCUGCUUUGGACGCUCCUCCUCUGGCUACCCCUGCAGCAUCUCGCAUGGACCCCAAAUUGCAGCAGCAGUACGCCUACCUCGAGUCCCCUGGCGCUGGUCGCAGGGACUUCCGUUCGCCCGGUGCAGUCAACCUUCGAGAGGUGUUUGAUGUCGGUUAUGCUGUACACAGACAAGAAGAGGAGGGCAAGAGAAGAAAGAACUUCAAGCAGGGCUACCGUGGCGCGAAUGCCAUGAACUCGCUGAACGCACUCGAUGAGAACGAGGAUGACGAUGAGUUUAGCAAUGAAUCGGUACCUUAUGACCCUUCCAUACAGCAUCCACCUGCUAAGCUUCCAAAGUCUCAGGGUGCCGACGUCUCCACGAUGGAGCAGAAGAUGCGCAACACCACAUUGUCCGCCGCCGCACAAGCCCGACAGCAACAAGCUCCACCUCAGUCCCGACAGCAGGAGCGCGGAUACGGCCAACAUCCUCCCGCCGUCGCUGCGGCCGCGAAGCGACAAGUCAAGAACAAGGGCGCAUUCGAACUCAGCCUGGAUAAUGCCACCUUACUUGGUCGACGUGGCAAGAAGGGUCCUGCACCCAGUGGGCUACGUGGCGAGGUCACAGCUGGCGGCUUAUAGCAACUAGCACCUCUUUCGAAGGAUUGGUAAAGCGUUUGAUUUACAGCUGCUUUGAGGCAGCAUGACUGGCAUGGACAUGAACUCGGACAUCAUGAGGCGUUCUUCUCCUUUUUCUCUAUUAUCUAUCUUUGUGUACGAAUCGGAAACCUCCUUCCAUCUGCUCUCCACUUAUGGCAUAUUUGUGUGGUUUCUGUCUCUAUCGGUUGCAACUGGCAUUUGACUGAAGCCUACGGGUAGUCGUAGUGUAUUUAGAGGAGCAGCCUACUUCUAGACUAUUUGUAGAUGCAUGCUGCUGCUUGCGCGAAUGAACAACGUCUUUGAGGCUG